AAGAGGAGGAACACAAAGGAGGGACAAGCAGCAGCGUGUGUCUUGGCCCCUACAAGGCUGUGACGAAGCAGAGAGACAGGAUAGUGAAGGCGAAGGUUCCUCCCCGCCCAUCGCCUCCCCCGCCGUGUGUCGCAGGAGAAAUACAACGCUGCGUGGACAACAGGAGGAGGGGGAAGAGGAGGAGGAGGAGGAGGAGGAGGAGGAGCGGUAGUGGUGUAAUUGAUGCGGCUCUCAGCCUGGCGUCAUUAGGGAGGCUGGUGUCCUCGGUGGCCUCGCCUCGCGUCACGUUUUCUUUGAGCGGGCAUUGAUUGGGCAGGCUGUCGGGGCACAGUACUGCCUACAGCCGGGCACAGCGGCCAGUGCACAGAGACCACCCAACAAAGGCGCCCCCAGCUGCUAGUGCCGGGGCUGCGUCUGGGGUCGCUCCUUCCAGCUCCCUGCUCCCUGACGCUGCCGCCGCCGCCGCCGCCGCCGCCGCGUGACAACAAUUAAUCCAUGAGAAAAAUCGCAGAGAGCGAGUGUCAGUGUUGUUUUGUGUGGUGGGUGCCAGGCGCCUGUUUGAGGAAAAGCGAGGCUCCCCUCCAGCGGGGCGUGCGUGGUAUCCGCUGCCCACUACCCAGUACCGGAGACCGCCUGCCAACCCGCCCGGCGGUGUCUGGGGGCGGACACGGCCAAGAAGCCUCAGACACGGGCCCUGAAAUCCACGUCUGGAAUCCCCCUGGUUGGUAACAGCUGGAAUCCGAACGGGAAUCGAUUCCUUGCACGCGUGACGUCACCGGUAGCCAUGGCAACCCCGUCCGUCCCCCGCCUGCCCUCCGCCCCCCCUGUGGUGACGUUGAGUGGCGGCAGCCAAUGAGGGAGUCGGGCUGGGCGACGGAGGAAGGGGAGCUGGAAUAUGAUUGGGCGGGGGAUUCCCAGUCUUGAAGCCUUCAUUUGGAAGUGGUGGCAGUGCCGUGGUCGCCUGGAAGAGCCCGCCAGAGACUGUUGUGCUGGAAUGUGCUGCCGGGACACCCACCUGCACUAGUGGAGCCCAGCACCUGCACAGGACACGCCACGCCCAGACUCCUUCAGCGCCACCUUCAGCAGACAUGCUAGCCGCUGCCAGGGCGUGAGGGAGAUACACGACUUUAGGUGCUCUUCGGUGACGUUGGCAGCCAUCUUGAGUGGUGACGGAGGGCUGUGUGAUGGCCGGGCGUGAGUGAGACUCCGGGCUAGCCAGCCAGCACAGACGGCAGUGAUAUUGUUGUUAUUGUUGUUAUUGUUACUGUGGUGUUGUUGUUGGUGGGCGGUGCGGUGCAAAAGCCGGCAAGGUGGAGACUCCGGGUAUCAUCUCGUCCCUGUCGAAAGUGUUCAGCAUGGGGACGGUGCUGUCCUUCAGCCCCAGGGAGCAGAAGCCCUACUACGGCGACUACACCCUCAACAACCACACCUACGAGGCCAUCAACAACGUGCGCAACAAGGAGAAGGCGGCUGCUGUCAACAAUGAGAACGCCAACAUCCUCAACGAGAGGAACGCUCUUGAGCGGAACUUCAAGAAACACUCGCUGUUCAUCAACGCGCUCAGCUGGAAGCGCUUCUCAAACACCAACAAGAAGAAGCUGGACAACAAGAACAAGAACCUCGCGCUGCGCCAGCCGCUCGACAACAUCCACCCCUUCAUAGACAACAACAAGAACAUCCAGAAGGCGCUCUCCUGCUACAACAUCCGCCCCAGUUCCAUGGGACACCUCGACCUAGUGCGUGUCAACAACAACAACGCACACACGCCCACAGAGAAGCUACCCCCCAAGGCCACCCUCACCUCAGCCCCCUCCACCCACACCCAUGACCUCCGCUCCGCCCUGGUGCCCGCCCCGCUGCCCGCACCGCAGCCCCCGCACCACCACCACCACCACCACCACCACAAGACCCAGCAGACACUCGGCCCCGUGCUGGCGCCCUCGCUCUCCACCGGCAGCAACUCCUCAGGCUGCGGCUCGUCAGCCACCACCCCGACAGGCGUCAGUCCCACCAAAAAGACCGUGAUCCAGGCGUCCACCUCGGAGCUGCUCAAGUGUCUCGGGCUGUACCUGCACCGCACCUGUUCCCGCCUCAGGGAUUUCCAGGCCGGGGACGCCGUCAUGUGGCUACGCACCGUGGACCGCUCCCUGCUGCUCCAAGGAUGGCAGGACAUCGCGUUCAUCAACCCCGCCAACGUGGUGUUCGUGUACAUGCUGGUGCGGGAGCUGGUGGGCGAGGAGGAGGUGCACAGCGAGCAGGAGCUGCAGGCCGUGGUGCUCACCUGCCUCUACCUUUCCUAUUCCUACAUGGGCAACGAGAUCUCCUACCCACUGAAGCCCUUCCUGGUGGAGGAGGACAAGGACCGCUUCUGGGACCGCUGCCUCUUCAUCAUCAACACGCUGAGCGGCUCCAUGCUGCGCAUCAACGCCGAGCCCUCCUUCUUCACCGAGGUGUUCACGGAGCUCAAGGCGUGCGGCCAACAGCCACCGCCGCCGCCGCCGCCACAGCCACCAGCACCACCAACAGCAGCAACAGCAGCAGCAGCAACAGCAGCAGCAGUCACAGAAGCAGCAGCAGCAACAGCAGCAGCAGCAGCAGCAGCAGCAGGUCCUGGUGCCGCAGCAGGUGGUGGUGCAGCAACAGGUGUCGCUGCCGGUGCCGCAGCAGCCCCAGCAGACGGCUGCCUGAGCGGCGCGAGGGAGGCCAUCGCACACCAGUACUCAGUAGACAGACUGCUUGUUGUUGUUGUUGUUGUUGGGGCGAGGACCGGGACCUCCGGGGGCCAGGGAUGGGCCGGGCAGGCGGGAAACCCAGGGCCGCCCUCCGCGUCUUCCAGGGACAGCCGCGCCUGCCCCGCCCCUGGAGCCGCCGCCGCCGCCCCCGGCCGGCGGAGAGUUGUUACUGUUGGUGACGCGGGACCGGGACCGAGGCCGCUGCGGGACUGCUGUUACGUUGUCACUCUGAUUGUGAUCUUCAUUGUCCGUGUUAGGCCGGUCAUUUAUCUUUGUCAUUAUCAUGCUCAUAGGUUUCAUAUUUCACCAUUAUCAUCGGCAGCGGUUGUGUUAAUGUUUUGUUCGCGGCCCAGCGGCCCAGCGGCCCACGUCGCCGCCGCGGCCAGCUGCAGGCGCCGCCACAAGCCACACGCCCUCCGGGCAUCGCCGCACCGCGCUCACCGCCGCCCCCAUGCCCAUGGGCCAGCAGGGUGGCGCGAGCGGCCGGGGACUCAGCCUUCGCCGGCAGGUGAGGGCGAGGAGUGCCUCCUUCCCCAGGUUGGGGCCCAAGUGGCGCCCCAUGGGAUGGUCCCGUCAGCAGCGUGGCAGGACAGGACGGGACGCCGCGGCGCAUUGCAGUCCUCCACGCCAGGCCGCGGCAGGGCGCUGUGCUGUGCUGAGGUACUGAGGACCAGUAAUCAAACCUUGAGACGAGGCUCGGCGCGCCAAGUGUCGGCCAAACAACACAAUUAUUUUGAUAGGUUGUACUUUUACACUUCUCCGUAACCCUAAGGCUGCCCAGAGCUUGGGCGCGGGGCACCGGGUGCAUCGCGCCCUCAAAUAUAAAUAUAUAUAUAAAUAUAUGAAUAUAUCCCCAGAUACGGUUGUGCUUUUGAUACUAAUGGUGGAGGCGAGGCGGCGACGGCGCCCACACUCCCCUGCCGCCCCGCAGGAAACCAAAGACUGUCGCUUAGUGAUAAAGGGGCGGCGGGGCGUGUCUAGCUCCUAAAGCCCACUGGGGAGCGACAGGCCGCGGCAGGGCGUCGCAGCCGUCCCGCACCACGGGGCACCGCUGAAUCCAGGCGGGGCAGUGUGCUGCAGGCAGCUGUGAGACGGGGCGUGCAGGCAGGUGGCCGUACACCCAGCCCAUCUCAAGGGCGGCGCCGCCUACCACGCUGUGUGAGGAGAUCGUGAUAGCCACACGCCCACACGCCGCCCCCAACCGUGCCCGCGCCCUGAGUGUCCGCGCCGUCACCUGAGAUUAUAACCACCCCCCGGCACAGUGUCGGUGGUAGUGGUGGUAGUGGCGGCGACGUGCGGGCGGCUGGGGCGCGUCCUCCAGCACAUCACCACACCUGCCGCCCCGCCCAGUACCGCCCCGCCCCUGCACCGUCCCGCCGUGCCCGCCGCCCACUUGCCCAUCUGUACCAGGGCACCCCGCCAUCCAGUGGCAGUCAUGCGGCUCGCGCCAUGCUGAUCCACAGCUGGGUGUGACGGGGCCAGGCUGCGGGCGUGGGUGUGGACGGGAUGGGGCGGGACGGGACGGAGUGGAUCGAUGCCCAAACAUACCCAGCGUGACGUGACCCACACCUCUGCCCACAGUCCCCGCCCCCCUCUGGUGUCCCGUGAGCGUUCAGUGUUGCCGCUACAGCCGGCGGGCGCGGGUCGCGGCGAUGAUCAAUACGCGGCCGCCGGUGCUGGGGCGCGGGCGCCGGCGGCCGCUGAGCAGGGCGGCCGCAGCUCUCGCCCGCAGAUAACCUGCCAAGUAUGCAAACAAUCAAUGAUUGUUUCAUUAAGAGAAUACUGUCAUUAAUCUACUGUCGUAGGUCGUAUCAGUUUUCUUUGUUAGAGAAAAUGUAUUCAUACCUUUAAGAAAAUCUCUGCCACUCAGCAGGCAGGCAGCCAUUACUGUGUACACGUGUAACGAUGCGGUGAAACAAACCACACCGCCAGCUUGUUACCCGGCCCGACCCGACCCGACCCGACCCGACCCGACCCGACGCCUCACUACCACCACGAUCACCCACCACCGCCGCGGCGUCUGUGUGUGUGUGUGUGUGUGUGUGUGUGUGUGUGUGUGUACCUGCCCUGCACCGCCACGCGCCUCGCCGCGGAAGGGGAAGAGCGGACCGGGCGCGGGACGUCACGGGGCGCGUGGCAGGUGGUGGUGGUGGUGGUGGUGGUGAUGGUGGUGGUGGUGGUGGUGGUUUGGGUUUCAUGGCUGAGGGCGCCAGGUUGCCUGUACCCCGCCACAUCACGCCGCCACCACCACCACCAACACCAUCACCACUAGCAUCCUCCUUCUCCUUCUCCUCCUUCUCCUCCUCCUAUCUCCUAUGUUAGCGCUUUCUAGUCAUUCCUGAUUGAUAAUACAGUGUGUGUGUGUGUGUGUGUGUGUGUGUGUGUGUGUGUGUGUGUGUGUGUGUGUGUCACAGGCAGUGUCGCCAAUAAUAGUCACCCCUCCCCCCCUCCUUUCGUCUCCCCGUGCAAGCGAAACGAAAGAAAACACGAUGCCAUUUUUUCAGCUACUUAAAGAGGACCAGACGCGCCUCUCACUCUUGAUAUUUGACCUCCUCGCUCCCCCUCUCUCUCUCUCUCUCUCUCUCUCUCUCUCUCUCUCUCUCUCUCGGAAGAACAAAGGACAAUAACAAUAAUUAAUCAAUAUUUUGCGUCAUUAAAACACUGGCUGCAAAAUUUUCUUUCUUAUUUUUACUCGAAGUUUUCCUUUCAUUCACUAAAGAAAACGGAGGCUCUCUCUCUCUCUCUCUCUCUCUCUCUCUCUCUCUCUGGAUGCUGUGUUUGUCUGUCUGUUUCGUCUAAGUUAAAAGCGAGUUUGCACCAAGUUGUUAUUGUUGUUAUUGUUAGUUGUUAUUAUGGAACUCCAGAGCUCUAUAAGUUUUCAUAUAUAAGUUUUCGUUUCGUUUCGUUUCUUUUUCGUUCGUUUUGAAAAGUUUUGUUUUAUUUCGUUAGUCGCGUUUCGUUCGCUUGACUUUAUCGUUUAAGAUUUUUGUUGUCGAUCCUCUCAAACGUAAAUAUAACGGGUGAUGUUUUUUUUUUUUUUCCUCUUAUCUCUUUCUUUUAUCUUUUCCUCGCCUCUGCAUUAUUCAUUCGUGUAUUUUUUCUUUCUCAUCUUUAUUCCACUUUUCUCCUCUCUGUUUUCUCUUUU